GGUGAAGAAAACUCUGCUUUAUUCUACUAUUUUGCUCGAGGAAGUGAGCCAGGAUAGUGACUUAAUCUAAAGAUGUCAACAUUUCCAAUGUGUUAGUGUAGUGUUAGGGAAUGCUAUGGUAUCCGAUUCAUAAUAACAAGUGAUUUAGAAACCGAAAGUGAAAGUAGUCUAAUGCAUUGUGGGAAAAAGCCGGACUCCAAGAUGUCGGCAGUUCGAAGGGUUGCAAAAUCAGCUAAAAAGGUCGUAGACAAGGUGAAACAUGGGCCAUUUAUGGCGUUAGAUAUACCUGCUGGAAAGGCAACCCCUGCUCCACCACUUGGUCCAACAUUGGGACAGAGAGGAAUCCAAAUUGCCCAAUUCUGCAAACAGUUCAAUGAAAUGACACGAACUAUAAAGGAGGGUACUCCCUUACCUACCAGAAUCACUGUUAAUCCUGACAAGACAUUCAGUAUCGUGCAUUAUCAACCCCCUAUGUCUUUCCUCAUCAAACACGCUGCUGGGAUCUCUAAAGGUGCUAGGCAAAACAUGCAAGAGACAGCAGGCUGGAUCACCCUAAAACAUGUGUAUGAAAUUGCCAAACUGAAAAGUACAGACCCUAUCAAUGAAUGUAAACCAUUGGAGCAAAUAUGUAAACAAGUGAUUCUAGUUGCAAAACAUUGUGGAGUGAAAGUAUGGGAUAAAGAUUAUGAUCCUGAGGAAUAUGCAAAGUUUAGAGUGGAGAGACAAAAAGUUGUUGAGGAGCAGGACAGAGAGUGGGAAGAAAUUAGAAAUGCAAAGUUAUUGAGGACAGGAUAAAAUUGGUUUGAUUAGUGAAAUUGUUGAUUUGAUGUUGCAUGGAAGUCUUAUGGACAGUGAACAAAGGCACAAUAGUAUGGUAAAGUAUGGAACUUAAGGGGCAGUACGGUAUCAGUUUGCCUUGAUGUAUCCUUGUACGCUGGAGUGUAGUGUGGAAUAAGAUUUCCAGAUAAUUACAGGCAAAUUGAAUUGCUUUUUCCAAUACAUUUUGCAUACGCAAACCAUCUUGAACUAUCAGUUUGGAGUACAUCAUUUUAAAUGAUCAUGUAGUCAAAUUGAAUAUCUGCAUAACAUUUUGUCAUGACCAGUGGGAAAUCUCAUCUAUCCAGAUCGGUCUUCAGCUUGCCUAAUCAAGCUGACAUGAA